AUGAAGUUGUUUGCCGCCGUUCUUGUCGCGUCCGCCGCCGCCUCCAAGCAGUCGGUGACCACGCUCGCGACUGACGAGCGCUCCGAGCUGGCCAAGUGGGGUGAGCAGUUUGGACCUACGGCCGCGGUGUUGCCACGCGCCACCGAGAACCGGACGGCGCUGCCGGCGCGGUUGCGUCCGCCGGUGCAGGCGGAGCAGGCGCAGCUGCGUCGGUCCUACGAGGACGCGAAGCCGAUGGACGCGCACCCUCGCCCGUCGAUGGCGGGUGUGAAGGGGUUCGGCGCUGGUCGCAGCGGUGAAGGCGGCGACCACUGA